CACACCUGUUUAAAGGAAGCCAUUCUACUAGAUUAUUAUGUAUCUGGAUUUUUGUGGGCUAGAGGAAUGGACUUUUCUGUUAUUCAAUAUAUAAAAUUUAUGACUUUACUAGAUAUGUUACUUCAUAAUCUUAGAAAAUAAAUAUAAUUGCUUCUUGGAAGGAAGAAAAGAAAGAAAUCUAUCACUGAUAUAUUGCCAGCUCUAUGUGUUUGGUUCUAAUCUUUAACAUGCAUUAUUGAACUUCAGAGCAACUCCUGCAUGGGAGUUCUAUUAUAACCACUACCUCAAAGGUGAGCAAGGAGUCCAGUGAACAAGGUUGCAAGCUGAGAACUGCCAAAACUAGAACCUGAAUCUCCAAGUAUAUAAUCAAAAGGCCUUGAGCACUAUGAAUACAAAGUUUACCAAGUGGUUGGGAUGCGUGUCUUAUUUGAGCCUCACAACAGCACUAUAAAUUUGAAAAGUGGUCUUAUUCUCAUGUAUAGAUACAGAAAAUGGAACUCAGAUCACCUAGCCACACUGCAUAUGUCUUUGGAAGACAACAUAAAAUGGCUUGGAGAAGUUAUGGCUGAAAUAGGACCAUCUCAUUCACAGAAAAAUGAGGAAUGGAGUAUCUUUAAUAUAAGACAAGCUAAUGCUGUCAUUGACUACUUAAAAAUAAGCUUAUUUCAACACUACAAGCUAUAUGAGUUUCUAUUCUACUCUACCAGGGAAGAAAUUGUGAUAGGAACUAAGCAAGUGAUAGAGGUUGUCAAGCCUUCAGGUGGCCUCUUCCCAGAUCCUCUAGAAGAAGGAAUCUCGUUUGAUCUAUAUUCAACAUUCAUAGAGCCACCCCCAAUAUUGGAUACAGAAAUGAAGAGAUUGGAUCAAAAACAAGUCCUUGAGGAAUCCCAGUCAGAAGCCAACACCUCCGAUGUGGAUCCUUUAGUGGGUUUCACCAUCGAAGAUAUAAAAUCAGUACUGGAUCAAGUCACAGAUGAUAUUUUAAUCGGCAUUCAGACCGAGAUAAACGAAAAGCUGCAAAUACAGGAAGAGGCCUUUAAUGCACGAAUAGAAAAAUUGAAAAAGGCCUGAGGACUCAGUACCAGGAGAGUGAUGCUAAACUUCACAGAAACAAACACAACCAGCCGGCCCAGGAGACUCUCUAAGAGCCCCAGAUCUCCUUCAUUUCACUGGGAGAGAAAAACCAAGCCCUCCUUUUUAUUAUCCUAAGUAAUUAGAAAAGUAUUGGCCCCCAUUUUGCUAUCUCCUGUCCCAUAACACCCUCUGAAUUUAUGGCACAAAGUGUAAUAAGAACAUUUUGUAUACAAGAGUUUGGAGAAUUAUAUAUAAAAAUACAAUUACUUUUACGAUACUCCUUUGACGCUUUGACUAAUAAAUGCUAUUCUUCUUCAGGGAGAAUGAAGCCAACUUUUUUAAAUAAGGAAAAAAAAAUAAUAAUUUUAUCCAUAUUGACCCAGUGAGCUGCCACAUUACUCUAGCCCUGUGAACAGAUACCACACUGCCAAGGAUAAAACUUGCUAAACAAUAGCAAUUAAAAUGCAUAUACUAUGGGGUUUUUUUCCCCCUUAAAUCAUUUGGUUUUCUUAUUUAAACGUUUCAGUGUGAAACCAAUUUUCUGAAAUUAUAUAAUGCAGUUUGAAGCACUUUAAUUUAUUCUGUACUGUAUUUGUUAUUUCUAAUCUUGUUAUUCUCCCAGGAGAAUACAUGACCUAUAUAAAAAGAAGCAAUGUAUAAAUGGUUAUUAAAGACCAACCUAUAUAUAGAUUGUAAAAAUCUUAAAUACAAAUCAAACUCACAGAGUUCUUAAAAUUAACCAUUAUAUCGCAAUAGAAUGAUUGAAAACAUCUCAAGCCUUUAAAUACCUUUAUUAAACUAUGAUUUUAGAAGAAAAAUAUCCAUUUGCCAACUGAUUGUUUCAGGUUGGAUAAAUUAAUUACUGGCGAGGUCCUUUCCAAAUUUCUUAGACUUCAGAGUAUUUGAGAAUGGAGAGCGUUACUAGGAAGAGAGAGUUCCUUCAAGAAGUUUCCAGUUUAUACUGGAACCAGAGGUACUUGCAUCUGGGUGGCACUUGCUCAAACAUGUUCUGUGCUCUAACUUUGGGCUAAACCAGUAUCAAAGAGGUUGCCCAGAAUAUUCAUUUGAGGUAGAGACAGAUCUGAAAGCAUUUGGUUAAGUUUCUAACCAUACUGACCAGCAAAUUAAGAGUAGUCCUUAAGAUCAAACCAUGUUUAUUGUUCAUUCGGUCCCAAGUCUGGAAGGCCUGAAGAUGUGCUGAGCUGUGUUUCUUCCUUGACCUGUCCUUCCUAAUUGAAAAUGUUGAAGGCCAUAGGAGAUCAAUAGGAGGGCUCACAAGGCUUGAUUCUGUCAAGUAGUCUAUUCUCCAGGGAAAACAGAGGUAAAAUUAGAGAACCACAAACAGGAAAUAAAGGCGCAUCUAGAAAUCACCAAGCAUGGCUUCAAAUGCAAUCAUUGGCGCAGGGUGGACUUGCAUUUUUAAUAUAGUGCUUAUUUUGAGCAAGAGUGACAGCAGUCUAAAACUGAAUAAACAGUAGCAGUAAGAUCCCUAAAAACUACACAGAUACCUAUAAGCAUGCCUAAAGCAUGCCUUUGGAAAAGACUGACUUCCCACCACUGGCUACUGCAUGACUUUGGACAAGCUCUGCAACCUCUGUUUGCUCAUUUAUUAAAUGGGGAUCAUACUUAUUUUCGAGGUAGUUCUAAGGAUCCAAUAAAUUCAUAUUAAAGGACA